GGUACCCGUCCCAUGGCUGAUUCCUAUGGGGUGUCGCGCAUCGUCGGAGGCGUGGAUGCGCACCAGGGCGCCUGGCCAUGGAUGGUCAGCAUCCAGUUCCCCACGGCCACCGGCUUCUCGCACAUCUGUGGGGGGUCCCUCAUCACCCCACAAUGGGUCCUCACGGCCGCUCACUGCUUCAUCGGGCAAAACUUCACCACGGAUUGGUACGUGAUGGUCGGAAUCACAGACCUGGCUUGGGCCAAUUCCGAGACCCAGAAACGUUGGAUCCAGAGGGUCGUGGUCCAUGAAUAUUACACUAACGUCUCCGGCGGCUUCGACAUUGCCUUGGUGGAGCUGGACCAGCCGGUGCAGUGCGGGUACCACGUGCAGCUCGCCUGCCUGCCCGAUGCGACGCUCAGCGUGUCCCAGCUCUCCGAGUGCUUCAUCAGCGGAUGGGGCGCGAGGGAGGCCAGAAGUGAGUCAGGGGCAUCGUCCCCAUCUGCCCUGCAGGAGGCCAAGGUCCGCCUCAUCGAUGCCAAGGUCUGCAACAGCAGCCUAUGGUACCGAGGGGCCAUCAAGAGCCACAACCUGUGUGCUGGGUACCCGCAGGGUGGCAUCGACACCUGCCAGGGUGACAGUGGCGGUCCCCUCAUGUGCCGGGACAACCAUGCCAACUUUUUCUGGGUUGUGGGGCUGACGAGCUGGGGCCGCGGCUGCGCCAGGGCCAAGCAACCGGGGGUCUACACCUCAACAAGGCACUUCCAUGAGUGGAUCCUCCACCAGCUGGGGACGUUCCACUCCGCGGGAGCCUCCGCGACGCCCUCGACAUGGAGCCACCAGCACGGCUCGCAUGCGCCCAUCCAGCAGACGAUGCCGGCUCCGACGGCCUCGAGCACCGGUGACAUCUGCUCCUUCCCAUACCGGGUGCUCGUGGAAUUUGUCAGUCGGGUGCAGGAGCUGCUGCAGUGCCCGCCUGACGCCUCCUCCCUUUCAGGAGCCGGUCCCAGUGCCCGCCCCCUCUAG